AUGGCGACUGAGGCACACCAGGAGGAGACUACCCUAAAGUCUACAGGGGAAGAGAUGCCUAGUCGGAGUAACCUUGCCGACCUGAAAGAGGCUCUAGAAGAGAGUCGCCUCCCGCAGCUUGUCCAGGGAUCGGGGAAGGAGGUACCUGUAAGCCCCACGCUGGCUGGUGCGGUGGGGGCAGCCGGAGAUCCUACUCCACCGCCCAGAAGAAGCGAGCCACCCAAGAAGAGUGAGAAGGCCAACUCUUUCAAUCCCAUAGUACCCUGGAGGGCGACAGCUCACGACACCGAUGCAUGGGAGUACCGAAAGGCCGUCGAUGAUUGGGUCCUCCGCCUGAUUGACCGCCUGUUGCCUCUCGACCCGAUACUGGAGCGCAGAAGAGGAACCGUAUUAGAGUUCGACAUCGGAAAAGGUACAGGGUACAUCCAAGAUGACAGAUUGGGGAACGGAGCUAUUUGUCAGUCGACGAUCAGUCAAGAGGCCGUAUCUGCCCCAGGCCAGGCACAAUCUUUGCAAAGGAAAGCAGGUGCAAUACACCCCUAUGCGGUCCCUGAAAGAUUUGCCGCAGGGGUAACUCUUACACGGGAAGAUACAGACCCAUCUAUUCAUGAAAGCCUUGGUAUAGAAAACACCUUGUGGGCAAGCACAGUGGUUGCAUCUGGCACUGUAAUAGGUGUUGUAAUUUAUACCGGAAAGGAGACAAGAAGCGUAAUGAAUACAUCUAAUCCAAAAAACAAGGUGGGCCUCCUGGAUCUGGAACUGAACCAGUUGACGAAGGCGUUAUUUCUGGCUCUGGUGGCACUCUCUGUAGUAAUGGUCACCUUGCAGGGGUUUGUUGGCCCAUGGUAUCGCUACCUCUUCCGGUUCCUCUUGUUAUUUUCCUACAUUAUUCCGAUAAGUUUGCGAGUAAACUUGGACAUGGGGAAAGCUGCAUAUGGCUGGAUGAUCAUGAGAGAUGAGAACAUACCGGGCACAGUGGUGAGAACCAGCACCAUUCCUGAAGAGCUGGGACGUUUAGUCUAUUUACUUACCGACAAAACAGGAACACUUACCCAAAACGAAAUGGUCUUCAAGCGUCUUCACCUUGGCACAGUGUCCUAUGGUACAGAUACAAUGGAUGAAAUCCAGAGCCAUGUAGCGAGCUCCUACUCACUGGUGCCGCCCCAAACAAAUAAUAACAAUACCAGUGCAACUCCUUCAAAAAAAGUCCAAUCUUCAGCACCUAAAGUCCGUAAGACUGUGAGCAGCAGGGUCCAUGAGGCAGUGAAAGCAAUUGCCUUGUGCCAUAAUGUUACUCCUGUCUAUGAAUCUCGUGCUGGUGUGAAUGGAGAGGCAGAGGGAGCUGAAGUGGAUCAGGACUUCAGUGAUGAAAACCGCACCUACCAAGCCUCAAGCCCUGAUGAGGUUGCACUCGUGCGGUGGACAGAAAGUGUUGGUCUCACUCUUGUUAACAGAGAUCUGACAUCCAUGCAACUUAAAACCCCCAGUGGACAGAUUUUGACAUUCUUUAUUCUCCAAAUCUUUCCCUUUACUUCUGAAAGCAAACGGAUGGGCAUCAUAGUCAGAGAGGAAUCAUCAGGAGACAUCACAUUCUAUAUGAAAGGUGCUGAUGUUGCCAUGGCUAGCAUUGUACAGUAUAAUGACUGGUUGGAAGAAGAGUGUGGAAACAUGGCGAGAGAAGGACUGAGAACUCUGGUUGUUUCCAAAAAAUCUUUAACCGAGGAACAGUAUCAAGAUUUUGAGAAUCGGUACAACCAAGCCAAGCUAAGUAUACACGACAGAGCUCUAAAGGUGGCAGCGGUGGUAGAGAGCUUGGAAAGGGAAAUGGAGUUACUAUGCUUAACUGGUGUGGAGGAUCAGCUACAGGCCGAUGUCCGGCCCACCCUGGAGAUGUUAAGAAAUGCUGGGAUAAAGAUAUGGAUGCUUACUGGAGACAAGCUGGAAACAGCAACAUGUAUAGCAAAGAGUUCUCAUCUAGUAUCACGCAACCAGGACAUUCACAUUUUCAGACCAGUGAGUAGUCGAAGUGAAGCUCACUUAGAACUAAACGCUUUCAGAAGGAAACACGAUUGUGCCUUAGUGAUUGCUGGAGAUUCCCUUGAGGUGUGUUUGAAGUAUUAUGAGCAUGAAUUUGUGGAACUUGCCUGCCAGUGCCCUGCCGUAGUGUGCUGCCGGUGUUCACCAACACAGAAAGCUCAGAUUGUGAAGCUCCUACAGCAGCAUACAGGAAGACGCACCUGUGCCAUAGGUGAUGGAGGUAAUGAUGUGAGCAUGAUCCAAGCAGCUGACUGUGGCAUUGGCAUAGAGGGAAAGGAGGGGAAACAAGCUUCCCUUGCAGCUGAUUUUUCUAUAACCCAGUUUAAACACAUUGGCAGAUUACUAAUGGUGCAUGGUCGAAACAGCUAUAAAAGAUCAGCAGCACUGGGUCAAUUUGUCAUCCACAGAGGCCUUGUUAUCUCCACUAUGCAGGCUGUGUUUUCCUCAGUCUUCUAUUUCGCAUCUGUUCCUUUGUACCAGGGAUUCCUAAUGGUAGGGUAUGCAACCAUCUACACAAUGUUUCCGGUUUUUUCAUUAGUACUGGAUCAAGAUGUGAAGCCUGAAAUGGCUCUGCUGUACCCAGAGCUUUAUAAAGACCUCACAAAGGGAAGAUCUUUGUCUUUUAAAACCUUCCUCAUCUGGGUUUUAAUCAGCAUAUACCAAGGUGGCAUAUUAAUGUACGGAGCUCUCCUGCUCUUCGAGUCUGAGUUUGUCCAUGUGGUUGCCAUCUCCUUCACUGCCUUGAUUUUGACAGAAUUGCUAAUGGUUGCAUUAACUAUAAGGACAUGGCACUGGCUAAUGGUUGUGGCUGAGUUUUUCAGCCUUGGCUGCUACAUGGCUUCACUUGCUUUUCUUAAUGAGUAUUUUGAUGUUGCUUUUAUUACAACACUAGCCUUCCUGUGGAAAGUGUCGGCCAUCACCGUUGUCAGCUGUCUACCCCUCUAUAUUUUGAAGUACUUGAAGCGCAAAUUCUCUCCUCCAAGUUACUCCAAGCUUUCGUCCUAGCUCAGGACCUAUGGCACUGCAGGUAUAAGAUGCCUCACGUUGCCUCGCUGCGUUCUAGUGACUUCAGCCUUAUGAAUGAAAUAGCGACAGGGGGCCAAAGAGGAGAAGAGCACAAGACGAAGGCUUUUAUACAAUACCGAAUGAGAGGACGGCGUUAUAACUGAUACAAGUCAGUAAGAAAGAGAAUGUCCGACCUGCUUUAUAUUCUACCAUUGUUUUACUAAGCAUGGGACCCUGACAUUUUUGGUCACUAUUUAGUUUUUAUCCCAUAAUCCUUUAUUCAUCCUUAUAAUUUCCUUGUAUGCUGCUAAUUUAUUUCUGAUCAUGCACUAGAGGCCGUGUAUAUACAAUGUAAUAGAAUUACUCCUAUGUUACAUCAUGCGUCACAUGGGAAACCCUGAUUUACUACGCUUGAAAGGGUUUCUUAGUAGAUACAGCCUUUCCUUCAUAUACCGUAAUAUGCAGCAUAGUAUAGGAAGCAGUGGAAUGGAGGUACUUUAUUAUGUAUCUCAGACAUCUUAUUAGGAAAAUGAUAGGCUGUGGUCUGAGGAGUACAGUGUUAGAACAGUGCCCUUAACCAGGCCCCAUUGUUCCCAUAUAAAAUCUGUUUGAAUUGUUGAAAGGGUUUGUUAGGAUUUUUCUAAACAAUACUCCAAUACCAGAACACUGCUCUAGCUUCCUGACAUAUACUAUGACAAACUGAAAUCCAAUGGAGCUAUUCUAUAUGUUAAACAUUGUCAUGCACUACAUUGGCAGACUGAAAGUGCUACAGACUAUACCAAUCUGUUAUACACCCCAGGUAGCCAGGUAAUCUAUCCAUAUGGAACUCCUUACAGUUAUCUCUGGUAUUACUAAAGCAGGCCUUCCACAAAUCUACAGUUUUAGGGGACCAUCUUUGUAUUGUUAUAUACAUUUCUGCUAAAUAUGUUGGUAGAUGACAUCAUUUCUAGUGGCAACUGAGAAAUCUUAAAAGGGUUUUUUGGAGCCUGCUUGCCUGCCCCUAUAUUACCGUCUGUAAGGUUGUGCUGUGAUUACUUGCAGUCUUCAUACACAGCAGAGAUCUGCUACUGACACAUUGUAGUGCUGUUCCACUACUCAUUGGAGACUGCAUCUGCUGCCCAGCAUGUAAAACACAAUCCCUCCUGAGAUAGGGGUGGAUGGCUUCUGAGCGUGGAGCAGCGAAGAAAAGAGGCAUGUGACAUCCUUUUCUACAGGGAGGGAGAGCAGGGCGAUAAUCACAUGUUCAGAUUGUCACAAAAGCAGCAUGUGGGACUGGCUCAGAGAGGCAUCCUAGCUACAUUUGACUUGGUGACUAAUCUUUCUUCAUGUAUUUUAUUGAAAAGAUCAGAAAACCUCAUUAACUUAGAUCAUUAAAGGGGUUUUUAACUAAUUCUCAGUCAUCUUAUGAGCUUCACCCUGUCAGAGUUUUGCCGUAUAACUUAAACAUCUCUGUUCUUACAGUCAAGACUAAGGGCAUGGUUAGAAGGACUUUUAGCCCAUACUCCAGAGCACUGUUUGGACAGGAAGUGUAUUAGGAAGUGUUAACAUAUUUUUCCCCCAGUUGAGGGCAAUUUAACUUUUGGUUAUAAUUCCUUGAAAUUGAAAGUUUUUCUCUCCUGAUAUGCAAAUAGAUAGGAUCAUGGACAUUCUUGAGCUGAUACCGCUGCCGAUUUUUGUAAUGAAGGGACCAUGACCUUUGACGUAACUGAGAGAUCUCCGUAUCUCCGUGUUAGGUAGAUGGCACUCCUAUUUAAAGAAUUGUGACUCUGUAGCCCCUUUAUUACAGUAAUCAGCGGGGCAGUAGCUAUAGGUACUGGUUUAAUACCCACUCAGUUUUCUGUUAAGCAGACCACUAGAAAAUGUGAUUGACACAGUGCACUGCCCGACACCAUACAUAGCCCAUACAUUAUACACACAAACAUACACCAUCUGACUAUACAUGCAUACUCACUGUAUGUAUAGUUAGACUGGCAGAAGUCAAAAUGACCCCUACGUUGUGUCCCAAACAGUAUUAGGGGACAGUUCCUUGCAGAAGUUCCAAACAAUUAAAGUUGAGUUAGUUCUUAGUACUUAUUCCACCCUUGCUGCCCCUUGAUAACAUUCAUCUGCCCAUUCGUGAGUAUGCACUAAUAGGUUUUCUAUAGAGAUUGUCAGGAUUAUGAUGACAUAACAUAAUACAAUAUCCACAGUCCAGAGCUGUACAUUCCUCAUCAUACAUUGGGUUUGUCACAAUGUUAAUUUACUUGCCUUGUAAUUUGCUUACUUUGGUUACUCAGGUAAAGAAAUAAUGUAAUGUUCUAUUUAUUAUUGUUAGGUUGGAGAACUCCUUUAUCUUCCGUUGGUUAUUGCUUAUUUCUAUCUUGAAUUUCUGUACUGUUCUGUAUUAUGGCAGGGUAUCAGACCACAAUGAGCUGUGGCACUUGUACACAUAAGACCAUCUUUUCAUUGUGCUAAAUUCUUAGAUUUGGCAUUCUGAUUAAAGAUGAGCGAAUCGAAUGCCACGAAGUGGAAUUUGAUCCGAAUUUCAGGAUAAAUUUGAUUCGCCUCGAAGCUGAAUUUCCUAGUGCUUCGUGUCAGCGAAUCGAUUUAACCUG